UGUGUGUGCACGCAGACGAGGGGGAAAAGCUGAUUUGAUAUAAAUAGCACAUGUUCAAAUUAGCUCGCUUAUUCCGGGCACGCACGUUGGAUGCUUCACUCUAUGGAUAAUAUGAGAAGGAGAAGAGGAAUGUGGCUAUAAUUAAUGAAUAGUCUGCUCGUUUUAGUGGGGAGAUUUUAAGCAAGCAAAACAAGAGACCUUUCUAGUAAUGGAGAACCAUGCAGCAGAGCUGCUACAACAGCAGCAGAGCUACGAGGACGUUCGGAAAAGCGGGUAUCUCCGUAAGCAGAAAUCUAUGCACCGGCGAUUUUUCGUUUUGAGGGAAGCCUCGGAAGAGGGCCCUGCCCGUCUAGAAUAUUAUGAGAACGAGAAGAAAUUCCGAAGCAAGUCACCUGUCCCAAAAAAAGCGCUGAAUCUGGAGACUUGCUUCAACAUCAACAAGCGGGCGGAUUCCAAGAACAAGCACAUGAUAGUGAUGUAUACCCGCGGGGAGAGCUUUGCCAUUGCAGCAGACAGUGAGGAUGUCCAGAAUGAAUGGUACCAGGCCAUGCUGGACCUUCAGUGGAAAUGUAAAAACCCAGAGGACUGUGGUAGUGGUGGAGAGUGUGGACUCCCCUCUCCUCCAGGCCCCACCUUCAAGGAGGUGUGGCAGGUCAAGGUGUGGCCUAAAGGGCUUGGCCAGGCCCGAAACCUAGUGGGCAUCCACCGUCUGUGCCUGACCGACAAGACGGUCAACUUUGUCAAGCUCAACUCUGACGUGGCCGCCGUGGUCCUACAACUGAUGAACGUGCGUCGCUGCGGCCACUCGGAGAACUUCUUCUUCAUCGAGGUGGGCCGCUCGGCCAUGACGGGGCCUGGGGAGUUCUGGAUGCAGGUGGAGGACUCGGUGGUGGCCCAGAACAUGCAUGAGACUCUGCUGGAGGCCAUGAAGGCACUGAGUGAGGAGUUCCGCCAGCGCAGUAAGUCUCAGUCUGUGGGUGCUACAAGCGGCGGGGGCACCGCCUCCAACCCCAUCAGUGUCCCCACCCGCCGCCACCACCCCAAUCUGCCCCCCAGCCAGGUGGGCUUCGGCAGACGAGCCCGGACUGAGACCCCUGGAGCAGGUGGGGCCAACUGCACCAGCACUUCACCAACGCCACGCCACGGGUUACCCAGGGCACGCACAGCCAGCAUCGGGGGAAGGACAGAGGAGGGUGGAGGUGGAGCCAGAGGGGCAUGGGCAAGCUCCAGUCCCAGCCUGAACGGAUCUUGUUCCACUACACCCACCCUGAGACCUAAGCCCACCAGAGCUCCAACCCCAGCUAAGAUCACUCUCAGCCUGGCCCGCUACACCCCCAACCCAGCCACCUCCCCAGCCCCAAGCCUCUCCUCCAGCUCUGGUCAUGGCUCAGAAUGUGGACUAGUCGGAGGGGCAAUGGGAAGUGUAGCGAUCUGUUCUUACACCCGCGUCCCUCAGAGAGUAUCUGUGUCGGGUUCCCCUAGUGACUACGGCUCCUCAGACGAGUAUGGCUCCAGCCCUGGAGAGCACUCCCUACUAGUCCCCAGUCUACCUGGAGGGUCCAAUGGUGGAAUGGGACACAAUGCUCAUGGAGAGGGCUCUUCCAGCUACAUAGUGAUGGGCCAGAGAGAGAGCCUCCCUGGGUCCCAUCAGCGUCCUCAGGGCCGCAGGAUGCUGCGGCGCUCCUCCAGCAGGGUGUGUGAGGCAGAGCGCAGACUCCUCAGCAAGAGGGCCUCCCUGCCCCUGACUGCCCACGAAUGCCUGGCCCCUCGUAGGAAGGAGGAAGAGGAGGAUACGGACCAAGAGUACGCCGUCAUGUCACGGAGUGUUAGCAGGGAUGCCUUUGUGUCACGGCGGCGCGGAUCAGGAGGCUUCGCAGCAGGGGACUUGGAAGCAGGGGCCGUCAUUGGGGAGACCCAGGUGAGGGUUGAUGUGGUCCGAGGAGAGGCGGGAGGAGGAGGAGGGGGACCAGUGGACAGUGGCUACAUGUCCAUGUUACCUGGAGUGACGGCUCCUCCUUUUUCCCUCUCCCUGUCUGUGGCCGUGUCUGACGUCAGCGCCAAGCCUGGGGCUGAUGAUGAGUACAUGGCCAUGACCCCCAACAGCAGCGUGUCCCCCCCCCAACACAUCAGUCUGCCUGUCUCCGAGGGCUACAUGGUCAUGUCCCCCAACAGCAGCUGCUCCCCAGACAUGCAUGGAAUGGCCAUAUGGGGGAGCCGGGGCAGCAUGGAGAGCCGGGCUGGCAGUGACUACAUGAACAUGUCUCCUAUCAGCAUCCGCUCGGCUUGCAGCACACCCCCCUCGCAACCUGAACAGAACCCGCUACAACACAAGAUGGUCUACUCCUACUUCUCUCUGCCACGAUCCUACAAACACACGCUCUCCACACGCUUUGAGGAUGACUUGGAUCAAGGGAAAAGGAAGGAGGGGGGUCAUAGUGACCAAGACAGGGCUGGAAAUCGGGGUGGACAAGUGGGCUACAGCAAGAGGGACACAGCCACAGUUGGCCCUGCAGGAGGCUGUCAACUCUCCCUCUCCUCUUCCUCCUUCUCUUCCAGCUCAGCUAGCAGUGAGAGCCUGGAGGAUCGACCCAUGUCAGUGGCAGCUGGGGGAGGGCUACGACUAACAAGAACAGGGCCAGGGUUCAGGAACGGGGGAGCACGCUCUAAGGAUGGAUCCUAUCAGCAGAAACGUGUAUCGCAUGGCCCAGGGGGCCAGCAGAGGAAGCCUCGUCCCCUCAGUGUGUCUGUGGACAUGUCUAAAGCUAACACCUUGCCCAGGGUUAAGGAGAACCUCUUCCCCACAGAGCCUCAGAGCCCUGGGGAGUAUGUCAGCAUAGUGUUCAGGGGUGGUGACGUGGGGGGUAGGAGAGGGGGCCAGUGGGGGCCAGAGCACGGACUGUCAGUGACCCAUGGAACCCAGAGGCCCCGGCACCGUCCAGCCCUUUGCCACGGUGGCUCCACCAACCUCCCCCGCAGCUUCUCUGCACCGCUGGCCACCUCCGCUGCCUCUACUGAGUACGUCAACAUGGAUUUGGGGUUGGGAAACUCCCCUUGCCCCUCCACUGGGACCCCUGUUAAAUCACCUUUUUGCCCGCCCCCAGCUAUUGCCCCCAAGCCCCCAGUUGUGGCCCGUAAUAGGCCCUCUCCUAGGGCAGCAGAGGGCAAUGUAGGUGGGCAUAGGGCUGCAGUGCCAACAGACUUACCCACUUCAUAUACAAACUAUACAGAGAUGGCCUUCAGCAUAGUUUCAGAGCCUAACCCUGCAGCGCCCGCCAUGCAUGCUGCCCAAGCUUCAUCAAUGGAGCAGGAAUCAGGCUUGAACUUCCCCUCAGCAAGGUCCUACUCAUCUCCUGACCAGAACCAGAGCAGCAGGCUGGCCAGAGACAGGGUUGGCAGGGGCGACCAACUGGGACGGAGACGCCACCGCUCUGAGACAUUCAUCAUUACUCCUCCCCCUCUCCCCCUCCAGCUGUCCUCCUCAGGCUCCUUGUUCUUGGAUAGUGCCCAAGCAGCAGCACCUCAUCGACAAGGAGGAAAAGAGAGGGGUUCACCAUGGGAGAAUGCCCAGUCAGAUGCAGUCGCAUCCCAUGCUUCGUCCUCUGGGUCUGCUAAACAAGGCCUUAACUACAUUGAUCUGGACCUGACCUUUAAUGACAGCUCUCAGAAUGAACUGGAGGGGGGAGCCACUUCCCCCCAUAACAUCUUCGCUCCAGUCCACAAUGGGGCUGGUGGGGGAGUCAUGAUGGGAGACAUUACUGGUUUGGGGAACAACCCUGGCUACGCCAGUAUUGAUUUCUUCAAAUCAGAGGAGCUGAGGGCACUUCACCAGAGCAGCAGGAAAGAUGGAAAAGAAUGUUAAUGAUCCAUCUUCGUCUGGACAUGGCUCCUGGCGUUGAGCAGCACUGUCCUAACUAACCAUGGUGGGAUUGGUUGGCAACAGUCUGUUUACCUUCUGACCUUUCUCACUGGAAGAGGAGUAAGAGAGGUGAAGGCAAACCCAUCAAAUCAUCAUUAACUCUUUGUCAUCCUGUCCAGUUGUUGCUAUCCAAUACUAAUGUGUGCCAAAAGACUACUGGUCCAAACCAACACAACAGGGUUCGCUGAGGUAGAAGAAUAUAGCCAAUCAAGAUUACAUUUUUUUUUUUUUUCCUUAACAUAAUCUUAUGGAAAUUGUUAUACAAAUGUGAAAUAGUAGAAAGGUACAUACUAAAAAGUAUAUAGUAUACAUAUGUUGAUGAAAGCUACAUAAAAAAAAUACACCUAUAUAUAUAUUAUACUUUUUAAAAAAGUGCCUAAUGUUUUGUUUGUAGACAUUUUUACACAGGGAAUCUGGAACUGGUCUGUGAGAGGGAAAACUAUGUUUAUGUCUCAAAUGUCAUUUUGUGUUAAGAUUAUUGUAAAUAUGUUGAAAAUGACAGGAUACAGAGUUUUAGUUAUAUAGUAAGCAUAAUCAAACUGCCUUACUGUGUUUGAACUGUGCUAAAAGAAUAGCCUCUUUACUUUAUGCUGUGCCUCACUCUUCAGCCACAAUGAAGGCUCUCGCUUCCUCUCCUGCCUGAACCCUACCAGUACCAGCUGGAGCUAAGCCAAAAACCAGCGCUGUAUAAUGCCAACCACACACACACAUUUGAAUAGUCAUCCGUGUGGUUCAGCUGAGUAGGUGAGGUUGAUAGUCUUCACAUUUACUGCUGUGACAUUUACUACUUGUGUUUGCCAGAAUAUUAUGACACUAACAGGCUGAGAACGGUAUUGAAUGUGUGAUCAAUGUGAUUAAAGAAUGCUGUGCGUGCAGGUGCGAGAGAAAGAGCAUGAUAACAGUGGUGCUGGAUAUCAGUUAUUGAAGAUAUUUCCAGACCACGUUAUGGCCUCCCACAAUGAUCAACAGGGUCAUUGUUAUUUAUGGAAUAAUAAUAUUAAUGUCUUUCCCACAUGCUUUAUAACCACAUUGACUGAAAAUCAUAUCACACACACAUCCCCAGUAGCCUGGUCCGAGAUCUGUUUGUUCUUUCUUGCCAACUUAAGACAGCACAAACAGAUCAGGCACCAGGUUACGUCCUCUGUGCAUCCGAAAAAGACACUCAAGUGCCUGGCUGCCUGUGUUAUUUGGUGUCCACACACUAACGGUUACCCUCACUCAUUCUCACUAAGUCCCCACUUCCCUUAUAUCCCACUUCCCUUUCCGUACCAGUUAGAUAUUCUUGCAGAAAAAAACAAGUGGUAUUUUUGAUGUGGUGAUUCAGUUUUAUGAAAUCCCUUUAACCAUUUGAACAUAGCCCAUUACUGCCAGUAUCUUGUGCUUUAAUGCAGAGAACUUUAGUGCCAAAAUCCUGUAUUACAUAGGCUGUGUUCACACAGGAAGCCCAAUUCUAAUCUAUUUUUCAGUAAUUGGUAUUUAGACCAAUCAGAUCAACUAUGAAAAAAUCUGAUGUGAAAAGAUCUUAUGUAAUCGGUCGAAAGACCAAUUAGUGUAAAAAACAUCAGAAUUGGGCUACCUGUGUAAACACAGCCAUAGAUCAAUGGAUUACUCAUACUUCACUAUGGUAGACUUACUCUGUUUUUGAUCUUAAGUUUGUCUCACCAUACAGGCCAAUGGCAUUGCUUGAUGUGACUUUUAUAAUAUACCUUUCUUUUUUAUUCUCUUAAAAUGAUUAUUAUUAAUUGGGGAUUUCCAUUAAUGAGCUUCUCUUACCUCAUAAUCAUGUCUAAAGAAUUUGAACAGACGUGACAGUUGGUCUUAAAUCCCCAAGGUUGUCUGAGAAGGUCCCCUACAUUUUGGUUCACUUAACUACCGUGGCCAAGGCCAAGUCCAGUUAAGAGUAUUUCUGUUGGACUGGGUAUCGAUAGACCAUCUUUUAAUGCCUUAUUAUUUUCAAUAUUAACUCUCACAUAAUACCACACAGCAGCUGUAUAAAGGCGCUUUGCAUUCUAGAAUAACCAGAAUUCUGACAAGUCUGAAGAUUCUUAGUUUGGUGAUCUGCAGAGACGUGUACAAAGUGAUGUAGAAAUGAGACAUACAGUACCUGUCAAAAGUUUGGACACACCUACUCAUUCAUUUUUUACCAUUUUGUAC